UUGAUGAGAGAGAGUGUGCCGAAUGAGUGAGCAAGAGAGAGAGAGACACUGAGAGAACAAGAGGAAAACAGAGCGACAGAGAAGAGCGCAGUGUAAACAGGCUGUCAAAAAAGAAAGUGCAGAGACAUCACCAUUACAGCCGUGCGAGAGCAUAGCGGAGAGCUCACCGAAUGAUAAUCGAGAGAGAGAGAGAAAAGGUUUAAUUAAUUCAUGCAGGAUGGGAGGGAAGUCUCUGUUGCUGAGUGUGCUGGUUCCAGCUCUGCCUGUGCUCUGCUGCCUGUAGCGUUUUGUUUGUGAGCCUGUAACGGCACUUAGACCAGCGAGAAGCCCCAUCAGAGAUCACGUAGGUUGAUAGGUCAUAAGUUGAACUUGUUGUGAUCCUCCGUCUGCACCUGCCACCUCACCCCUGCAGAGCUCCUCAAAUCACAACUCCCUUAACUGGCGUGGCACAAAGCGGCAAGCACCUCACCUUUGCUCUGCCCUCAACCUCUCGCUCCGUGCCGGGACACCUUUUUGCCAUCUGCUCAAAAAGGGAAGGAAUUAUGAUCAUGCCAGACUUCACCUUCUCAUACCUCAACUGAGAAAAUCAUCUUCAUCCCCUGUACCCGCACCCAAGCUCUCCGACUGGCGAGAUGGGAGACUGGGUGUGUCUGAGCCCAGCCGAGUUCUCCCAGCUACAGCAGUACAGCGAGUAUUCCUCCAAGAAGCUAAAAGAUGUACUGGAGGAGUUUCAUGGAAAUGGUGUCCUCUCCAAGUACAACCCUGAGCAGAUGCAAGAUGUUCUCAACCAACCCAUUGACUAUGAGGGCUUCCAGCUUUUCAUGACUACCUACCUGGAGAAUGACAUCCCGGAGGAACUGUGCAAACAUCUCUUCACCUCCUUCAAGAGCAAGACAGGAGGAGGAAACUCCCCUGAUGCUUCUCGAUCUGGAGCAGGCAUGCUGGAGCCGAGGUCCAUUGAUGCAGGCAUCUCUAUACAGACCGAAGUGGCCUGUGCACCCAUUACAGGCAUGAAUGGGAAAAGUAUUUUGAGUGCCAUUGGACGACACACACCGGAACACUCCGCAGGGAUUACUCCAGGCUCAGGGGCAACCACAUCUCCCUGCUCCUCCUGCUCCUCUUCGCAACGCUCGGGCACAGGAGGUCACACUCCCAGUGGACCCCACAGGUCACCCGGAACGCAGCCCAAACACCCAGCAGGCAGCAGCAGCAGUAAUGCUUUGGCCCUCUCCAAGACCACCAACUCCCCACGCCUCUCUCCAGAGCGAAAUCAAUCUGAAAAGAGCACAUCUCUCCGGAGGAGUCCAUCUCCACAGAAGGGCUCUCCACUGCCCUCACCUCAAGUGGUCUUCCUGAAGGACAUUGUGUGUUACCUGUCCCUGCUGGAGCGAGGGACGCCAGAGGACAAGCUUGAGUUCAUGUUCCGGCUGUACGACACAGAUGGAAACGGUCUGCUGGACAGUUCGGAACUCGACCGCAUUAUAAAUCAAAUGGUCCAUGUAGCUGAGUACCUGGAGUGGGAUUCUACAGAACUACGACCGAUUCUUAAGGAGAUGAUGGAGGAGAUCGACUAUGACCGAGAUGGAACGGUCACACUAGAGGAGUGGAUCAGAGGGGGAAUGACCACCAUACCACUGUUAGUACUGCUGGGAAUGGAGACGAAUGUACAGGAGGACGGGCAGCAUGUUUGGAGACUGAAACAUUUCAACAAGCCAGCCUACUGUAAUUACUGUCACACUAUGUUGUUAGGAGUGCGGAAACAGGGCCUCUGCUGUGCACUAUGCAAGUACACAGUCCAUGAGCGCUGUGUGUCCAAAGAUAUCGCUGCUUGUGUUAGCACCUACGCCAAGUCCCGUAGACACACCAAUGCUAUGCAGCAUGUUUGGAUGGAGGGAAACUCUCCAACAAAAUGUGACAAAUGUCACCGCAGUAUCAAGUGCUAUCAAGGUCUAACAGGCCUUCACUGUGUUUGGUGUCAAAUCACGCUCCAUAACAAGUGUGCGUCCCAUGUGAAGGCAGAGUGUGAUGGAGGCCCUUUAAGAGAUCACACACUCCUGCCCUCAUAUAUCUGCCCUGUUGUUCUGGACCGUCAUUCGGCUGUAAAAAGAAGUGAAGGAGAGUCAUCGCCCACUACCAGCCCAGACGACACCGGUCAGUGUUUCAAGUUUACCGGUGAUGGUCAAGCACUUCAGAUCACCCCUCUGCCGGGAACGCAUCCUCUCCUUGUGCUAGUCAACCCUAAGAGUGGCGGUCGGCAGGGCGAGAGGGUGUUGCGGAAAUUCCAGUACCUGCUCAACCCCAGGCAAGUGUACACUCUGGAUUGUGGAGGACCCACAGCAGGGCUCAACUUUUUUCGGGACGUGCCUGACUUCCGUGUGCUGGCCUGUGGAGGUGAUGGAACAGUGGGAUGGAUUUUGGACUGUGUCGAUAAAGCCAAUUUUGCCAGGCAUCCACCUGUUGCGAUCCUGCCACUGGGUACCGGGAACGACCUCGCUCGCUGCCUGCGCUGGGGCGGAGGCUAUGAAGGAGGCAGUCUGGUGAAGUUCCUCAGGGAUAUUGAGCACAGCACAGAGGUGCUUCUUGACCGCUGGAACAUUGACAUCAUCCCUGACGAUAAGGAGGACAAGGGCGACCCUGUGCCCUACAGCAUAGUCAACAACUAUUUCUCCAUCGGAGUGGACGCAUCCAUCGCACAUCGCUUUCACUUGAUGAGAGAGAAACAUCCAGAGAAAUUCAACAGCAGGAUGAAAAACAAGUUGUGGUACUUUGAGUUUGGGACCACAGAGACCAUCUCAGCCACUUGUAAAAAGCUGAAUGAAGGCAUUGAAGUGGAGUGUGAUGGCAUCAUCUUGGACCUCAGCAGCACGUCUCUGGAGGGCAUUGCUGUGCUUAAUAUUCCCAGCAUGCACGGGGGAUCAAACCUGUGGGGCGAGACCAAGAAAAGACGAAAUUACAAUCGCAUGAGUAAGAAAGUACCAGAAAGAAUGACCGGCAUCACUGUUACAGACGCAAAGGAGCUCAAGUUUUGCGUGCAAGAUCUGAGCGACCAGCUUCUAGAGGUGGUAGGUUUGGAGGGAGCUAUCGAGAUGGGUCAGAUCUACACGGGUCUCAAGAGUGCUGGAAGGCGCCUUGCACAGUGUUCAAGUGUCACCAUCAGGACGUCCCGGCUGCUGCCCAUGCAGAUUGAUGGUGAACCGUGGAUGCAGCCUCCGUGCACGAUACGGAUCACACAUAAGAACCAGGUGCCCAUGCUGCUGGGACCACCACAGAAAACACCGUUCUUCUUCUUUAAGAAAAGAAACAGAAGUCGGGACUAGAUAUGAGACUCCAAAAAUCACCCACCCUUCUACAAUCAUGCAAACACGCGCCAACAUCUCCACCUUCCUCAGCCUCUUCUUUGUCUUUGGGUGUUGGGGACCCAACGAAAAAGGCUGCAGACCUUCACCUUUGGAACAACAAUAAAACAGUGUAAUGGGCCUUUUGUGGGCAAUGGACUCCAUCUACCAACAUGGGCUGAUCUUCUCAGUCUGGACCAGUUGAACGGAUUCUCCGUGGGUGUAAUGACCACUUCCUGUGUCUUAUCGUUAAGAAUGUCUGCAUGACCUGUAAGCUAGGAUUCGAUUUCAAUUUCCCUCCUUACCAGUAGGCCACUGCCUUUGGAUUACACUGUGUCCUCUCCCUUCUUAUGAGGCUCAUCAGAAGAUACUGCCAGUUUCAGAGAAAGAGAGAGAGAGAUUGCAAACGAAGACCAGAAGAACAAGAGCAAGGCAGAGUAGAGUGAAAAGUCGGAGAGGCUUUUUCAACUGUAUAGAGAAGGACAACAGAGAGAAACUCUGGCACGAUAAUAAUCUUAAAAUAAGGGUGGGUGGAAUAAGCCCAGGUUUAGCCUAGAAGGACCAUGAAGCAAACUUUCCACAUGAAGGGGCUGUACUGAAUUAUAGAUCAGUGCAUGCAAACAGUCAUUCCAGAGCUACUCCAAGGCCCUACAACAAGACACCACUAAACAGAAGAAACAGCAAUCUUAUCCAUUAUGAAGAUGUUUCUGAAGGUCCAUGGGUGAUGACAAGUCAAACUGAGCUAAAAAUUAUUCAACAUUUCACUUUUUGUAGUUUGCCUAAGGCGUUUUUGGUGUUCAUCCUGAGGCCUCAAAACUGACCAGAGCAAUAUAAUUGGCUGGAUUUUUUAAUCCCAUAAUGCAGCGCUACAUGCUCAAUUUACUCCCUUUCCACAGAAAUGUUGUUGAUGCUCAGCCAGUGGACAUUAUAAAGCUCCAUCAGAACCGUCCCGCAUUUCCACUGACUUGAUGAUGUAACUGACCACGUUACUACAUAACCACAACCAAACAUGCCACAUCACUCAUAAAUUGUAUAAUAUAUAGUAUUUAUAAUGUGAUGUUUGUUUAUAGAAAAAAUAAUUGAAGCAACAACACACACAGGAACUUUAUGGGCUCUAUCAUACACUUGGCGCAAUGCGGCGCCAGGCACGAUGCAAGUGUCUUUUGCUAGUUUCAGCUCGAGCGGUUGUUUAAAUAGCAAAUGCAUUUGCGCCCAUAUGCGCGCCCAUGGCGUGCUGGUCUGAAAACGAGGUAACCUACCAUAUUUUGACAAGCACCGAGGUCCUGUGAUAAUAUUAGUCUCGUGCGAAUCGGCAUCUCAUUUAUUUGGCAGGCUCAUUUAUCCUUUUUCAAGGUUUUGUCCACCGUUUGUUAUUUCUCAUGGAAACUCUCGUAACAUUUGAGACCCACGAUCACAAAAUCAAUUUACUGAUUUGCAGAUAAAAUCAUUCCACAUAAAGUAAAGAACAUUCUGUGAAAAUAUAACCUUGAUAUCUUUAAUAUUGACUGAGUAAGGCCAUGUCAAACUUGAAAUAAGAGUAAAAUUUAUGGUUGAAAUCAAACUUUGAUGCUGCUAAUCUCAUAAGACUUUAGGCUGGAUUUCAGAGACAGGGAUACGUAUUUAAAACUGACUUCAGUCUUAAAAUUGGAUUCUUAAAUUCUUGGAUGUUGUUGGGUUCAAGGCUACUGACCAGAUUCACGCGAUGGAUACAUGCGGAGCGGUUCAAGACAGGCCAUCAGCACCCUUUUAGUGGAAAAGGGGCAAGUGUGAAUACCUUCUACGUUGAAAGAGCCCUUUAAUUUGUGAAUCUGUGUUCUGAAGACAAUUUUGUACCAAUUACCAAUUAUUAUCCAUAUGGCAUUUUCUCGUUUUGCAAAAACGGUGUCCUCUAAAAGGUUUGCAAUUCAAUGAAUGCCAAAUCAAAUCAAACAUGGUGCCAUUACGUUUUAAGUGCAAAAUACUUCUGUAUGAUUCUCCCUGACAUGUUUUAACCUGCCAUAUUUCAUUCAAUCUUGUUUCUCCUACUAACCUAUAAUAAUAAUAUAUGGAAAAUGCGAUUUGACAUGAUCACCCGUUACUGGAGACCGAUCUGAGAAAAGCGAGUCCUUGCGCUGUGGCUUGGAGCAUCUCCAUCCUCCGCGGGCUGUAAUGGAUCCAGCACUGGUAUUAACACUGAGUUCUGUGGUCCUCUCUCACAACAAGCUGCUGCAGUGAGGGUUGAUUUACUGCUGCAUGGACGGAGCCUAAAUUUAACUUCCUAUUUCAGGGAGUGUCUAUCAUGUGAAACACUACUCCCGAUUGCAGCAUGAAACAUCAGAUUUCGAUUUCAGGUCGACGGUCAAAAGGGAGCAAAAGCGGCCCAGGAAAUAUGAAAAGUUAAAAGUUGCUUAUCCUAGGAACAGUGACACCAUGAUCCAAAAGUGUAAUGGAAGAACAUAAUUUAGCAACAAAAACUGAGCUUUUUUAUAUUUAUUCUGUAUAAAAGGGCCCAUAUACUGAUAAAUUAUCUAAAAUAAAGAUGCCCACUAUGUAUCAGUAUUUAUAUAUUUAAAGAGCCUUGUUUGCAUAUAGAACUGUGUUUAAAGGUAUAACGUAGAGGUCAGAGGUAGCAUCAGACGAUAGGAGUGAUACCGAAAGCGUUACAUGAUUGACUGUAGCCAUCAGGCAUAACCCCAAUAUAGCUCAACACAGUGAUCAUUACCUGCAAGUGCCGUGUGAUGUUGGGUGAGAAGAUGGAGCAAUUGCCCAUGCCAAAAUCUGUGUUGGAAUUGUAUAUAUUUUACCAAUACAGAACUAGGGUCUUAUCUUGUCAUGGAGUAAGGUUUUGAAACUGAUCUCAGUUCAGCUCUGGGAGAAUUGCAGUCUCUGAGCGUCUCGCAGAUGGUUGAGCUCUUCUCAGAGUUUGCAGGUUAAUGUCCCUUUAAAGAACACUGAACCGCAGAAGCUACACCAGUGUCCUAAACAUGACCAUCUCUCCAUAUGACCACAGGGAUGAGUGAAGGUCACAUCCAGUUUAUCAUGAAUAGAGCACCAUUGUUUCUGUGGUCUUUGGACAGAUGGUUUAGACAGUCUGGCGGUUUGGUUAAGAGUGCAUGUUUACAACUACUUUUCAUUUUACGGUUUAGAAUGAUUGGAAACAGUCAUGUAUGCAUAGAUUUUGUUUAUAUUUUAUCUAAAGUUUGACCAUGCCUGCUGAAACAAAGACAUCUGCCUGAAGAGACCACGCUGAUUGUUGCCGUUUUAUUAGUUCACACUAAUAAGUAUAUUUUUUUACCCACAAUGCCCUAAGUAUCUAUCCACUGUACUUUUUUCUUAUGAUCUGUUAGUAGCAUGUUCAUUGUAAAUGUACCUCUGUGGAUGUUCUUUGUUAUGUUCUGUAUUUUGUAGGCAGAGGUUUGGCACCCAUAUUGAAUGCUGAUCAAUAGACAACUGAGGAAUGUCAUUUCAGAAUCUAUCGAUGUCACCUUUUGUGUUGUUUCUGUCAAAAUAAAUAACUGAUAGCCUUAACUACCAAUACAAACUAGCAUUUUGCCUGGAGCAAAGUAAGACUUGCAAUACGAGCCACUGAAAAUCAACCAAAACUGAAACAAGAGGUCAACAUCUGUUUUGCUGUGUUGCAAUAAUUCAUUGCUAUCAAUGUCAUCAUACCUGCCUACUCACUUUUAGUAGAAAAGGGAUGAAAGUGAAAUACCUGGAUGAUGAUUUAUGGACUGCAUAUUAUUUUUGAUAUCGUCAGAUUUUUUUAAGCUCUUCUAAGGCUGUGAUUACUGAUUCUUCUCAUCACUGUCUCAUUUCUCAUAACAGUGAUGUGAUUUUAUCUGUAAAAACAUGCUGCCUCUUGGGACCAAAUCAGGAAGAGUUUUAAGAAUUGUGAGCUUUAUUAUUGAAAAAAAAACAAAUUUGUCAAUUAACUCAAAUUUAUAUUAACCUAAAGCUGAAUUGUGUGAUUUCUUUGCCACUAGAAAUUGCAAUGAGAACAAUCUGAUUGGCCAAUGAAAUACAUCGUCCCGCCAAAAACUUCUUAAAGGGGUAGUUUACCCAAAAUGAACAUUCUGCCAUCAUUUACUCACCCUCUUUUCAUUCCAAACCUGUAUGACUGUCUUCUUCAGACCACAAAAGAAGAUCUUUCAAAGAAUGUUGGUAACCAAAAAACGGCGGUGCGCAUUCACUUCGAUUGUAUGGACCUAAACCAAUGGGAGUGAAUGGCUCCCGCUGUUGUUCGGUUACCAGCAUUCUUUAAAAUAUCUUCUUUUGUGUUCUGCAGAAGAAAGAAAGUCAUACAAGUUUUAAAUGACAAGUGGGGAGUAAAGGAUGAAUUUUCAAAGCUGUUCAACAUAAAAUGGCUUAUUCAUGGUUGUCUCAGCACAUUAAUACAGAGAUAGUAUUUUUGGACAUUGACAAACUGACACACUUCAGUGUUGAGAAAUCCGACAGAACAGAUGCCCUCAUGUCUUACCUGUCUCUUAGAGACAGCAUGAUUUCUCUCAGUGUAACUCUAUUCUUAGCUGGGACAGAUGAACAGUAUGGAGCGGCACUGAUGCGUAGAGUCCAUAUCAACCCUGAAUGUGAUGUUUUACACGCAUGUAUAACUCUCUGUCUUAUUCCUGCCUUAGGGUUAAUGUGGUUUGUAGCAGUCCAUCCGUGUGGUAGGCAUAAAAAAUUCAAGGACAAAGUCAGAUUCGUGUAUAGAGAUCGGGCCAGAGGGCGAGACUUCAUAGAGCCCGGUUAGCCUCUGUUACUCUGUUUCUUGUCAGCUGUUGGCAUACGUGUUGAUGGACAAAAGAGUUUUAUUGAAUAAAAGGAGAGACUAAAGCUCUGUGUCUGUGUUGGUCAUUGUCGAAUGAGAUGCUUUUUCACGUCCAGCCAAGGCGCCUACAGUAUGCUGACACCAUCUUUUACUCAUCGUGAUUAAAGAUCAGUUUACACAAUAAAUCACAUACGUUAGUGCUUCUGGGUUAAUUAUAUGAGGUUCUCGGGGGGAAAAGACUGUGCGCUCUUACAGAAAAGAAGGUGCUACGAGUUCUUCACACCGAUGCCAUAGAAUAACUACUUUUGGUUCUCCAAAGAACCAUGUGAAUAGUUCAGAUGCAAAUGCCGCUGAAAUGGUUAUUUUUUUCAGACUGAGGUUUAUAUUAAAAUGUAUUUUACUUUAAUGGCAAAGAAAACAUAUUCAUAUUCCAUUAAAGACAAGUUACUGGACCAAAACAUAGGAGCUUGAUAAAUACGCUAAUAUUAGAAGAAAAUUUAAACAGCCAUUCUUCAUGUACUCAGGGUUUUUAUAAGAAUCAUUUAUAUUUUUUAUAAUCAAAAGAACUUUUGUCCAAUCCAAAAAAAAACAUUUUGUGA